AUGUUUAAAAGUGCUAUAGAACAAGUUCGCAAAGCUAACGAUGUCAUUCGUUCCAUUGACGACAAACCAAAAGAAGGUGAGAGAUGGUUAAAGAAAGAUGAAGAGAAUAGGAAGAGAAAUGUGAAGUCAGGCAAUAGACUCAUUGACUUUAACAUCGAAGCUUUAGAUGAACCAAACAGAGACUACUUACACAAACAUUUCGGUAAGGUUUUCAUGAGACUCUUAGAGAAAAUUAAAAUAAACUCGCAACAGAGAUGGAUGGUAUGUUAUAAACUUGGUGGAAAGUAUGAAUGUUCUACGUUAAACCUCAAUAAUAUUGGAACAUUACUACAUCAGCUCUUGAAGGAGAACUUUAUAUCAGAGAUAGAAGCAAAUGCUGCAGGUAUUGUUGAAAUGCACUAUGACUUCUUCUUGACAAACAUAAAGAAUCUUACUGAAAUAAAGAUGUAUGAUUUAACAGAAUAUGAAGGCUUAACGAUGUCAGAUGUAAAGAAAGGCAAACCAAAAAAGAGACCAUAUAGAGAUGAAAGCACACUGACAAAUGACCAGAAAGCCAUUUUGGAAGCUCUUAAGCAAACAGGAAACCCAGCACUUAUAGAAAGCUUUUGGAAAGAUAAUGGUGAAAAGAAGUUUUAUAAGAAGAGAAGCGGUCAGUUCUGGAAGUAUCUUUGCACAUUACCUAUAAAUCUUGAACGCUACCAAAUCUUCAAUGAACUGAACAAAAGAACUGCAACACUUAUGACAGAGGACAAUUGUUUCGUUUAUGCUUGCAUUCAG